GACGGGCGAGAUAGUGGAGGCGACCCGAGUGACGCAGAAUUCUGGAAUCACCCUGUGGGCUCACUCACACAUACUUUCUCCCUCACAGUUCACUCUCGCUCUCACCCUGGCUUCUCACACUCCCUCUCACACUCUUAAACAUUAUCUAUAGUGACUUUCCCUAUAACAGUCCCUAGUCACAGUCCUAGAGAAAGGCGCCGCCGUCACAGCCGAUCCACUGAAGAAGAUGACGGGGGACGGGGUACGCGGGCUAACGGGGGUACGAUGGCUCUGCUGGCUCUCCUCGACUAUAAUUGCCUCUUGGGCCAUCCCUGAUCAGUGCUUUGAACAGAGGCCGAAAGGGCCGAUGGCCGAGAGUCGCACUUUGGGCCGACCAUGGGAAAGAGGCGAUGUGCAUGAAUGAUGGGAACCACACCGGGCGGCUUGCUUGGGGACUUGGGGGACGACGAUCAAGCUGUCCGACAUGAUGAGGGAGAUUGCGUGUGGAAGGCCAGUGUCGGUCGAGCCGAAUUCUUAAGCAAUUCAACCACGCCGAAGCCUUCACUGGGCUCAUUAGACGGCAUCGUUUCUCGACAGGCACCGCGAAGCGGCAGCGGUGCAUCUGGCCAGUGAGCCCCUCAAAGCGAGCGUCGGCCCCAGGAUGAUAUUCGUAGUGUAGACGCCAGACGGUAGUGUAAACAUGGAGGUUACACACUACGGAGUACUCUGUACACUAAACAGCUCGAGGGGUGGAGAGCAUAGCAGAGUGUGACGCAGACACGGGAGGAGCCCGUCUGAGGCAGAGAGGCAGACAGGUUGAUUACGACGAGAUAGAUGGUGGAGGGGCCGAGAUGGGGGAACAACUGGGGCAGAUAGGAGAAUGAAUGCAGAGUGGUGGGUUGUGGCAUUGCGGCUUGAAACAACGGGAUACGUACGUACGUACCCCUCCCUCUCUCUCUCUCUCACUCCCUGUCUCUCUCUCUCUCUUUCGCUUUCUCGCCUUUUUCGCUUUCUCGCCUUUUUCGCUCUCCUUAGCGGGUUCGCGAUGGGGUCGUCAAGUUUUGCCUGCCGGUGAGGUUCUCUAUGGAUCCUCAAUGGGCCCUGUGGAUGCGUCUUGUAAUGGCCCCCUCCUCCAAGAUUGGGACCCGCGGGAGAUGAACGACAGGGCCACCGGUCCAAGAUUGGCUGCGGCGGCAAAGGAGGUGCCGAUUGCGUCUACUUCUUUAUGCUUGAUUCAGUGCCGGAGGGCGUCGUCUACUGGAGCAGUGAGCACCCGACCGACGGGGGGCCACAACACACACCCGGUCAACGAUGAGCUAGGAUGUGCCCUUGACUCGGGUCUGCAAAGUACAGUACGCGGAUUGGCCGUUGGUGGCCACUGGCCGCGGUAGAUGGAUGGCAGACAAGCUUUGUUCGUUGGACGGCACCGAUCAGGAGGCCGAACGAACGACGGGGGAGCAUGCCGCGCAGAGUGACGCUGGGAAAUCCCAGAAACUCCUCCACCAACGGUCAGCUCAACCAAAGACAGGUAGGCGCGCGUGUGUGUAGGUGUGUGUGUAGGUGUGUAUGUGAGUGUCACAGGCAAUGGGAGAAGAAGGAUGACGACGCCUAUCAGGCGCAGUUCUGACAUGGUUGGAAAGGACAGGAUGGCCACGGUAGUCUCCCGUAAGUGGGCUGGGACCAUGGGCAACGACGGACGAGCGGGAAAUUUUAAGGUCAAGGUGAGACUUGGACACGCAGGCUGAGGCGGCUUUGCUUCCCCGUGCGAGACGAUGCUGGGCGUACGUGCUUGCGUUGAGCGUCGCGGCCGAGGGAUACGGGCUCGGGAUGUGGGAGGCGGGUAAACGGAUGACUGGUAAGAUUGGUAAGAUUCUGGCCCAGCCAGGUCCGACACCAUGGGGAAACGGGUUCGGGAGGGCGAGAGGGGACGCGGAUAGAUACAAGAGACUACGUACGUCUUUCGGAAAGCGGGAGGUGGUU